AUGGAAGAAAGAUAUGAGCCAUUAAAGGAACUUGGUUCUGGAAAUUUUGCUGUUGCUAGGUUGGCUAAAGACAAAAACACUGGUGAACUUGUUGCUCUCAAAUACAUUGAAAGGGGCAAAAAGAUUGAUGAGAAUGUUCAGAGGGAGAUAAUUAACCACAGAUCAUUAAGGCAUCCUAAUAUUAUCAGAUUCAAAGAGGUCUUGCUGACACCUUCUCAUUUAGCCAUUGUCUUGGAAUAUGCUGCUGGGGGUGAACUCUUUGAGAGGAUAUGCACUGCUGGCCGGUUUAGUGAAGACGAGGCAAGAUAUUUCUUCCAACAGCUAAUAUCUGGUGUUAGCUACUGUCAUUCAAUGGAAAUUUGUCAUAGAGAUCUGAAAUUGGAAAACACGCUCUUGGAUGGAAAUCCAUCCCCUCGGCUUAAAAUUUGCGACUUCGGUUACUCCAAGUCUGCACUAUUGCACUCUAUACCAAAGUCAACAGUUGGAACUCCUGCAUACAUUGCUCCAGAGGUUCUGUCACGAAAGGAGUACGACGGAAAGACUGCAGAUGUUUGGUCCUGUGGUGUGACUCUUUAUGUCAUGCUAGUUGGUGCAUAUCCAUUCGAAGAACCAGAAGAUCCUAGAAAUUUUAGAAAGACUAUUGGGAGAAUAAUAGGUGUCCAAUACUCCAUACCCGACUAUGUACGCGUUUCUGCAGAGUGUAGGAAUCUUCUAUCUCGCAUCUUUGUUGCCGAUCCUGCUAAGAGGAUCAGUCUCCAAGAGAUAAAGCAUAACCCUUGGUUCCUAAAGAAUUUGCCUAAAGAGAUCAUUGAGGCUGAAAGAAAAGGUUAUGUGGAAACAAAGAAGGAUCAACCAAGCCAAAGUGUGGAAGAAAUCAUGAGGAUCAUACAAGAGGCAAGUGUACCGGGACCAGGAUCGAAAGUUGGCGAUGGAGGUCAAGCUGGUCCGGGUUCAAUGAACAUGGAAGAUGACGAGGAAAUCGAUGUCGAUGUCAGUGGUGAGUAUGAGUAUGAAAAUGCAUGA